AUGGAUUUUCAAUUUUAUAUAGAAACUAUUGAUAAAUAUUCAAUACAGAUUUUUUCAAAUAAUCCAAUUGAAAAUUUAAAAAACUUUAUUCCUGAUUGCCCGAAAUAUAAUCCAAAUCCAAAUGGACGUACAAGCAUCACCAUAGAAGCGCCAACUUGGUCUCAUUUAGUACAAUUAUAUACUUUUUCAAGUGAUAUAACGUCAUCGACAACUUCGGUUCACAAAACGUUUUUUAAAUUAAUAAAGACUAAUAGUAUGUUAAAAAGGGAUAUCGGACUUUGGAGUCCGACUGAUUGUAAACCAGAUGAAAAAUUGGCUAUCAUUGUUCCUUAUCGAAAUCGAGAUUUACAUUUACGUCUGUUUGUAAAACAUAUGCAUGAAUUUUUGAGAAGACAACAAUUAAUGUAUACGAUAUUUGUGAUCAACCAAGAAGGUACAUCUACAUUUAAUCGUGCAUUACUAUUGAAUGCCGGAUUCAUUGAAUCCCAUCGAGUUGCAGAUUUCGAUUGUUUCAUAUUUCACGAUGUGGAUUUAUUGCCAGAAGAUGAUAGAAAUAUAUAUCGAUGUUCUGAACAACCAAGACAUUUAAGUGUUUUGAUAGAUCAAUAUAAUUAUCGACUGAUUUAUCAGGAAAAUUUUGGAGGUGUAAUUGCAAUCAGCCGUCAACAAUUCAUGAAUGUUGGUGGUUUUUCAAAUUUUUACUAUGGUUGGGGAGGAGAAGAUGAUGAUUUUUAUAAGAGAAUCAUCUAUUACAACUACAGUGUUGUGCGCUAUCCAGAGGAAAUCGGUCGCUACAUUAUGCUGAAGCAUAAAAGGGAUUUACGAAAUGAACCCAAUCAAAUGCGCUUUGAUUUACUGAAAAGUGCUGAAUCUCGUUUUAACAAAGAUGGUUAUUGGACUUCUAAUUACACGGUUAUAAAAGCACAUUCAUUAUAUAAAGGUCUCAUUUAUUGGAUAUCUGUUGUUGUUUAA